GUUGUAGAUUCCCGUCGGAAAAAGGGAAAACAAAACCCACAAAUAAACACAGAAAAACAGAUGAAGUGAGAGAAAGAGGCGCGAGGAAGAUGAAGAAGAAAGCAGACGAGAAAUCAACAGAAUUCGAGUUCUGCAAAAUAUGCAGAAUCAACCACAAUCAAGGUCGGCGCCAUAAUUUCUUCCCACGCCACACCAACACUCUCUCCUCUCUUUUCACUCGCUUCCACCAGAAGCUCUCAAAUGUCAAAUCCUCACUCAAGAACCCUAGUUUCGCACUCUCUUUUCCCGAUCGUAUAUGGUGCAUUUUCUGUGAUUCCGAUAUUGAUGAAUCCGGCUCUACGAUUCUUAGUGGUAAUGCAAUUAAGCAUUUAGCCAGCGAGGAUCAUUUGAAGAAUUUGAAGCAUUUUCUAUGGAAGUAUGGUGGUGGUAUGAACAAAGUGGAUUCUUUCAGAGUUACGGAAGCUGAAUUAGCUAAGUGGGAGAAAAGAUGUGAAGUAUUGAAGAAGGAUGCUCCAUCAGGAAGCGGGAUUUGCCAUGGAUCUUCAAAUGGGCAUUCGAACAAUAUCCAAACAAACUACGAAAUCAUAAAUAGUUUUAACAAAAAUAAUAUUCAGUUUCUUGAAUCAAGUCUGUCUAAUGAUGUUAUGCCUUUACAAUAUGCCACAAAUGAGAAUUACCAGGUUUACAACUCAGAUAUCUCAGAAGUUGGCCAAGUUAGUUCGUUCCCUUAUGAUGUUGCUUCACAGAUGCCUUUGGCUGCGGAACAGGGCUUAGAAACUCGGACAUGUAUGAGUCAAAGUGCGCGUCAGCCCCUUGCUUUUAGCAUGACGAAUUUCUUGGCUAAUGGUCUUGUCAAAACAGGGGUCUGUCAGAAACAAAGUGUGGCCAGCAGAGAGCCUACUACUGAGGUUUACCAGGGUCUCACUCGCAUUUCGAGUGGAAGUUUGGAGGACAGUAAAGGAAAUAUUCAUUCUGGGGCGCUGCCUCCUUGGCUUGAUGGAUUGGGAGCGUGUAAUGAACUUGAGAAAUCAAUUGGGCCCGGAGAUGGUGCUCAAAAGAAUAGUAAAACGACCAGCAAAUCGAACCCCAAGAGGGUAGGGGCUGCAUGGGCAGAGAAAAGGAAAUUAGAACUGGAGAUGGAGAAGAGAGGAGAGAUAGUUGUUAAUAGUUCUGAUGCUAAUUGGCUUCCUAACUUCGGUAGGGUUUGGCAUUCAGGCAGCCGAAAAGAAUCCAUGAAAGAAUUCAAGAAAGAAAAGCUAAAUGUGUCCAUUGCUGAAAGUAAAACUGAGUUUGAGAUCAAGUUGCAUCCUUAUAUCAGCAAAAAAAUGCGGCGAGAUACAAAUGAAAAUACUGAAGUUGUUCAGAAGGCUGGUGAUUUCUCCUAAUAUAGUGAAGAUAGUCAAGAUACAACUACUGGGGCGUCCUCUAGAAUAACUGUGGUUCCAGCUGCAUUUAUCUUCGCCAGGCGACGGUAUUGGGGUUCCCAUCCAAAGAUUAGAAGGUUGCAGGGUGCUUUCUGAGUGAUGAUCUCAGAUACAAACCGAUAUUCCUUUUUUGUGAUCGGUUUUCUAUUUGGUGAAAAAGAGGAAACCCUUGUAUGGGGGGGAACUUCCUUGCAGCUUGACUCUGAUAAGUUGCAAGUCUUUGCAAAAUCUGCCCACCCAGAGCGUGGCGAUGAAGAAUACGAGGAAAUAGCUAACCUUAGAAGCCUGAAGAUGGACAUGGAAGCAAGGAUGAAAACAAGUAUGUGGAUGAAUCUCUUACUUGUGAGACUGAUUUCCAUUCUAUUAAGCUGCCUACGUUUGUGGCUGUCAGAGGAACUUAGUGUUGAUCUGGGCAAGAUUGGAGGACAGAUCUGGAAAGUGUGGGAAGCAGGUGAAGUGGAUACCUCUGGAGGCAUUAUUUUCUUGUGAUGUGUUCUACUGUAACGCGAUGUGAUAUAGUGUCAUAUGUUCUUGAUGUGGAACUUAUGAAGCUCUAAAAUUGAUGGUUAGUUUUGUUGAUGGUGAGGCUUUGAAGUUCUUUUCCACCAAGUGUGCAUUAUUUGGCUUCCAUUCCAAGGGUUACCUUUUUCUGUUAUGCUUCUUGUCUCCCACCUAACUUGCUGAAGGUAUUGGUGCAUUCGUGGGGAUUCUACCACUACAUCUUCCGAUUCUAAAUUGAAUCAGGAAAUUAUUAACGGUGAGUGAAAAGUGACAUUGUUGGGUUGUUAUUACACAAUUGCUGAAUGUAAUUUUGGCUACUGUGAGUUUCUGUGCUUUUCCCUCGGGUAUUGAGGAAGGGAAGGUACACGGGACAAAGUUUGAUUGGAACUUUAUUAAUAUGAUUUGUUGCAAGUCAUCAUGAAUUGGAUGUUUUGGUAUCAUUUUGACAUCAAACGGUUGUUGCUAGAUUGAUUGAAGAUGAAGGUUCUUACCAAACUUAAAGGUUUGUCAUAUUGUGUAAACGUGCUUAAUGCUUUUGGGUGUGUAAUUUUGAAGUUAAUAUAUACUGAGAAGUCGCAGCUGUAGCUUUUUGUAUGUUUUAACACAUCCUUCUUACUGGGUGAUAUUGUAAUUUUUUUUUCGA